GAGAACAAUUAUGGUCAAUUGGGCGAUGGAACCCAAGUCAGCAGGAAUGAGUUCCUGCAAGAGGUUCCAAGUGGGAGAAUUGCUGUUGCAGUAGGUGGACAUCACACGGUGGUCCUGCAGAACGACGGGUCUUUGCAGGCGGUGGGUUUUAACGGUUGGGGCGAAUUGGGCGAUGCAACCACAGUUGACAGGAAUUCGUUCGUGCAAGUGGUUCCAAUUGGGAGCGGCAUGGUGCCCUCGCUCCCAACGCCCUUCCCCACGACCGCGAUGCCGUCGGCCGCUGGUGAUCCCCACCUGCAAAACAUUCAUGGGGAGCGGUUCGAUCUGAUGAAUCCGGGCAGGCACGUUCUGAUCAACAUCCCUCGUGCAGAGGGGGGCGACAGAGCGAUGUUUCGAUUGCAGGCUGAUGUUUUUAGUCUGGCCACCAAUUGUGGCGACCUUUACUUUAUUUCCAGGCAUUGAACGUGUCUGGGAUUUGGGCAGAAGCAAAACAAGGAGGAGGAUACCAUUACAGUGUGUCGCAAACUGACGCCAUGUCUCCAGGAUGGGCUGAAUUCGGCAAAGUCGCCUUGAACAUCGUGAUUGGACACACGGGCAGAGACGUUCAUUGCCUGCGGCAAGUCCCGCCACCGUGCCUAUCCAGGUAUCUCGGUGGUCUUUGCGCGAGGGAGCACGGGUGUCCCAGCCUGUGGCGCCUUGUGUGUCCAGGCUAGACGGUGGUGAUGUGGAUGAUGGUCGUGGUGAUGAUGGUAGUAUGAUGAUGACGAAGAUUACCAGACAUCCUACCAGGAAGCACUUUGCAUUCUUGCUCGCCUCAACGUGCUAGGGAGCACGAUGGCGGGUUUUUGUGAAGCACUUGGGCCAGUCUGGAUUUGAUAUUGGAGGUCUGCUAGGUUAGGAUGAUCACGAAGAGGCAAGUACUCCUCCUGAGACUUGCGUCAAUCGCGUGUCUCCUGCGAAGGGCGUGGGCGCUGCCUCUUUUCCAAUCAGGUCUGUCGCGGAGGCAAACUUGGCGUAAACGUGGCAAGCGCCGCGACGUCGAUCCCGUCGUUGUUCUCAGGGCAUUGCGCUUCGUUCUCUAGGCAUUGCGCUUCGUUCCCGCUUUUUUGCGCAUAGGCAGAAGUCCUGAAGCUGGCCACUUCAGGCCGGUCCUUGCGGCUAGAACGCUACGCUCACAAUUCGGCGAGCACGUUGCCUUCGUGAGCGUCUCCGUCCCCGACUAUUUGUACUUUCCUUUCCUCUCGG